GUGCUUCAAUACAGCGUUCGACUUCAGUCAACGAAUGCAGUAAUAAUCUCGGAGGUCUUAAGCGAACGGGAUAAGCAGGAGCGUAACAGUCCUCCAGAGAAAUCGUUGCGUCUUCCUCUAUCGAUAAUUGACGAUCAUCUCUUUGAAAUGGGAAGAACUCUGUACAUUAGCACAGCGGUUAUCGUCGUCCUCUUAGUAUUUAUAAUUUCAUUGUCCGUCGGACUAUCCAACUCAGCAUCGCCACAUGAAGAUACAUAUGCAGGAAGUCAAGCACUUACGACCGCGCCGCUGAUAGACGGGCACAACGAUUUACCAGAAAACUUGUACUCCAAGCUCAACAAUAAAUUGGCUGAGUUUAACUUUACCGAAAAUUUGAAAGAAGAUAGCGUUUGGGGUAAGGCGGCCUGUUCCUCAUGUUACACCGAUUUGCCUCGAUUAAAAACCGGCAAAGUUGGGGGUCAGUUUUGGGUAGCGUACACGAGUUGUGAUUCGCAGUACAAGGAUUCGGUUCAGUUGACGCUGCGCCAAAUCGACGUUAUAAAACGACUGAUCAAAGCGUACCCCGAUGAUCUUGAACUCGUGACAAAGGCCGAGGAUAUCGAGACGACAUGGAAGAAUGGGAAACUCGCAUCUCUUAUUGGCAUAGAAGGUGGACAUUCUUUAGACUCAAGUUUGGCAGUUCUGAGACUUUAUCACGAACUCGGUGCCCGCUACGUGACUUUGACCCAUUCCUGCAAUACGCCGUGGGCUGAUGGGUCACCGGCAACUAAGGAACCGGUUCACAACCUCACUGAUUUUGGCCGGACUAUUAUUUUGGAAAUGAACCGCCUCGGUAUGAUGGUAGAUUUGUCGCACGUAUCUCACAAUGUAAUGCGAGAGGUUCUGGCUACCACGAAAGCUCCCAUAAUAUUUUCUCACUCAUCAGCCUACGCGAUAUGCGAUCAUUACAGAAACGUACCGGACGACGUGUUGGAUUUGGUGAAAACAAACAAUGGAAUUGUCAUGGUAAACUUUUUCAGCGACUUUGUUAACUGCAAUAAGACGAGAAAUGCUACCAUAGAUGAUGUAGUUGCUCAUAUCAAUUACAUCAGACAACGAAUCGGGCCAACGCACGUCGGAAUAGGUGCAGAUUACGACGGAGUUGACGUAAUGCCAAUCGGGUUAGAAGAUGUAUCGAAAUACCCGGAUUUGUUCAAUCGUCUUUAUGCAAGAAAUGAAGACGAACCAGAAUGGAGUGCUGAAGAUUUGGAAAAUUUAGCUGGAAGAAAUCUUAUCAGAGUAUUUUCAGCAAUCGAAGAGGUGGCCGCAUCCCUCGCAACUGAAUCGCCAAACGAGGAUAUUAUAGUCGUUGAGGAAUUAGCUGACGCUCAAUUGGCUGAUAAGUUGUCCCCCGGAACUUGUCAAACGGCUGAAGAAUGGAGUCAUUACGUUGCCCCAACACCGGAACCUGCCAGCAACGACACGACGAAUUCAUGAAACGUCCGUAGACUCCCGAGGUCUGGAUGCGAAUGGUUUUCAGUUAUCACUAUGAUUUAAGCUCUACAUUAUACGAUACAAUAAAUGAAUGUGGACAUUAGUCUAAUUUAAAAACAAA